GGCCGCGGGAGGUGGGUAGUUAGGUAGGUGGACUCGGUCUUGCCUCUCUCCUGUUCCACCCUGGGCCACGAUGCCGCAGUUCCAGACCUGGGAGGAGUUCAGCCGCGCGGCCGAGAAGCUCUACCUCGCCGACCCUAUGAAGAUAACUGAAUUUUUAAAAUAUAAAAAUGUUAAUUGCGAUUGUCACAUAGUGGUUACUGAGGAUUUGAUCUGUUUGAUGUAUAGAACAGACCAAGCUCAAGAUGUAAAGAAGAUUGAGAAAUUCCACAGUCAACUAAUGCGACUUAUGGUAGCCAAGGAAUCCCGCAGUGUUGCCAUGGAAGCAGACUGAAUGGUUUGAAAUGAAGAUUCUGUUUGUCAUGUUGUUAGGAAGUAAAUAUCUUUUGAAUUUGAGAAAAUGUUGGAACAGAAAAUACUUUAUGUAACUAAGUGGAGUAUUCAAAAGCCAAGACAUCAUUUUUUGUAUUUUCUUUUUAAUGUUUACUUUAGAGAGCUA